AUGGAUUUCUUGGCUCGGUUGCUCAGUACUCGGGAGCGAGCCAUGCACAUUAGAGGUCACCGUUGCGUUUGCUUUUCUGGUGCGGCCGCCACCCGCCGAGCCUUGAUCUGCUCCUUGUCGUGGCCAGAUCCACACUUCCUAACUUGACCUCAAAUCCUUCAUUAAUUUUGUUUCUUUGCUCUUGGAGGUAAACAGAACGUUCAAUUAAAGUUUCAUAUUCUCAUUCAAUUUCCAUCAUUCUCCCCUCUUCUACGAUUUCUUCUAGUAUCUGAUAAAGUUCAUUUGCAAGAUUUUUCUUUCAGAAUGAGUCGGAAGCCGAUGUCGCAACGGCUAAAUCUUUUUCGAUACAGUCAGAUGGAAGGAAACGAGUACAGAAUUGACCAGUCGAGUGAUGAUGAAUCUUCCGGUAAUUUUUAGCGGCUGAUUGGGUCCUUGAGGGAAAUCAAGUGAAAUAGUAUGAGAACGACUAUUCCACAGACUUUUUCGGAAAAAGCAGAUCGAAAACUUCAAAAAGUACUUGAAAACAAUUUUUUCACAAGGAGGAUGGACUUGGCAAAAACCAGCACGAGAUCAGAAGUUACAAAAUUUUUUUUUCAAAACUUUUUCAGAGCCUCCUAAGACUUUUUAAAGUAGAAAGAAUCAGCCAAAAAAAUAAAAUCUAUGCCAAGAAAAAAACUCUUGAAGUUAUUAUUUUUAAAAAAAUUUCACGAGAUUCUUUGAAAUAUUUCGCUCUUUUCUAGAUUCAUCAAAAGGAAGAAUAUUACAAAAAGACAUUUUUUUGGCUUCUUUGUACGAUAAUAUUCGUUAUACCGAGUGCCUUUUUUGGAUAAACUUUUAUCAAGACGUAAAAAACUGAUCAAGAUGAAAUUAUAAAGUUUCCGAGAUUUAUCUUACCAAAUUUUCAGCGGUUGACUUUGAUUCGACGGACUCGCUGAGUUCCCAGGAAACCGAGUCAAGUGGACCUACGGAACCGACAGAAGGAGAUCACCACUGGUAGGUAGAAAAAGGGUCAAGCGGCUGAGAAACCGCGAGUUGCAAAAGGGAGGGGGAGGUCGUUGGCGCGAGGAGUCCUCACUCUCGGCAGAUACCAUUGUCAGGUGGCGCGCAUCUAUUCUUCAUACUUUUUUGGCUCUUCGCUUGCCGCUAGUUCCGUCUGUUAUUGAUUGCUAUCAGCUAUGGUCUGCAGGCAGUAUGAAAGGUUUCUUUACUUACUUUCGAUAGUUUACGUUUGAAAAAACGUUUUUUCAUCUAUAGUCUUCAUCUGUGGUAUCAGUGGGCGUUAAGAAUUUUGUUUUUUUGAAUUUUAUCGAAAGAAAAUUCACUACCAAAUUAAAAAAACUUCAUCGGAUAAAAAAAUUUUGAUUUCUCUCCACAGAAGUAUCCUGAGGUUUGGAUUGAAAAAAAUUGGUUCAAUUUUUAUUUUCCACUUGUUUUUUUUUCGUUUUCUCACUUCCUGGAUAUGAAAGUUUACUUUUUUAAUUGAAAAAGUUUUGAAAAAAAGUUUUUUCGCCACCGCAUAUACUCUUGAAUAUUAUCAACACGGAAUCGGAGUUCUCUUCAAUAUUUUGAACACAGAGUUUGAAAAAAAUUAUAUCGAUCGGCUAGCUUUUUGAAAAAAAAUGACCACAAAACGUUUCAAAUGUGUUCUUUUUAUGCUGUCUAUGCCACCUUCUAACGCCGCCUUUCUCCCAAGUGAUUUCAGUUUUCUAAGUGAUACUUCAACUAAGCGAAACCUUUUUGAUCUAGCGCAGAAGUUCUCAGAAAUGUUUGAUAUGACUGUUUUGCCAGCGAUUGAAAUGCAAGAGCUUCUAUUUGUGAUGCUCGUUGUUCUCACGUUUACGACAGCGCUGAACGCAAGUUUGAUGUCUCUCAUUUACCGUGGAAUCCUCGUAUUGCACCGCCGCUUGUCCAUUUUAUGACAUCGAACGACGUCGGAGAGUGUACCAGAAAAUCAUCAGACCUUUUCUGAGAACUUCUAUCCUCUUGCUGUUUCCUGUACUUUGUUUCUCAUUCCGUUUUCGCUAUAGAUAUCUCUUGAAACUAUAUAUAUAUAUAUAUAUGCUUAUCAAGAUGUAUCUCCAUAGAGAUAUCGAGUUAGUAAAUAGAGAAAAAAACAAAAAAACGUUCUUGAAUAUAAAUCGUACUAAAGUUUCAUACCCUAUAAUUAUGCCUCACUCUUGGUUCAUAGUUAAAUUGAGUCCCGCAAAAGGCGCACGUUUAUUAUUUUGCAAUAAAUCUUCGGUGUCAUGCAUAGUAGACCUCACUGGGUAAUCACGGGGAGGCAGGUUUGCGGAUCCAAUUCAAUCUUUGAGAAAAAAGCAUAGUACUCGGAAAUAAAAACGAAUAUCUGCUUUCUUUUUCAAACUUCCAAAAGCUGUUCUCAAAUCAAAAAUGGUUUUAAACAAUUCUCGGUCGUCUCUAUUUAACGAGUUCUUUCCUGAAGUUAUCAUUCAGCAAAGGAGAGUUUUUUUGAAACAUUUUUGAGUUUUACUUCUGACUUGAUCGCAUUUUUGUACUUUAUUAAAUUGUUUUAUUCAGGAUGCGUAGACCAGCUUUGGGAAUGCACGUGAAGAAUCGGAGGAUGUCUUUGGAUCCCAGCAUGAUCCAGCCAAUGAGAUCUUUCGGGACAAACAACGAGCCGCCGAGAGGAGCGCCGUCUCCACACCUCUACACGAAGAUCGACCGCACUCGGAGCCGCCACCAAAGCCGACAAAACAAGCCUUAUCAGCAGUAUCCCAUUCCUGGCCUCACCAUGAUCGAGGUCCGUUCUCAGGAUGAUACUUGGUUACGCAAGGGUGAUAGGUCGAUGACCUUGUUUGCAUCUGUUAAUUACUUGUUUCUGAUUAUCUUGUUCUCUUUAUGUCAGAAACGGCCCGAGAACAUCGAAAACGACUCUGAGGCUUAAGAAACAGCUUCUUUUAAGAAUCUUGGCAAGCGAUUUUGAAAUAUUAUAAUUUACCAAAAGAGAAUAACUUAUCUACCACACUAGUUAUGCAUCUCGAAGAUUUCUUUUGGAAACCAUAUCUGUAGGAAAAUCGAAUAAGAGCACCGACAGGGCCGAAUAAUAGGUAGAGCUCAUUCGAAAACGAACGCCUGUCGAUCUAAAGAAAGUACCUCGAAAAUUUCUAUCUUUCAAGUUGUGGGCAUAUUACAGUAUAGCCCCCCGCAUAUGUUGGAUAUCACCCCCCGCGACACGUUCGAACAAGCCCCCCACACUUAUCCAAUAUAGCCCCCCGCAACUAUCCAGUAUAACCCCCCACACCGAAAAAAAGUCACGCAACGAUCACGCAGGACACGUGUCAGAGCUUCCAUUUUUUUAAAUUUAUUUUCUAAUUUUUUUCGUAUCAUUCGUCGUUCUUGGUUGUUUCAAAUGGUUUUUUUGUAUUUUUCGCAUGUAAAUUCGUGUUCUUUUUGUGAAUUUAAUAAUUUUUUUGUGAUUUGAUUUGUAGAUCAUGGAAGAAAUUAGGUCGCUGACCGAGUUUCAUGAGAAGUUCAAGUCAGACAAAGAAGUUUACGGGUACGUCUCGCCGAGAUACGUACGAAUAUCAUAAAAUUAUGGGGCGCUGACCACUUAGAAAAAUUUAAGAUGAACUUUAUUAGUUUUCAAUCAAGUAAUUGUUCUGAGGAAUAGAAUUUUUUGCUUUUUCUUUUCAUGCACAUUAAUUAAUAAAUUACUUAGGAAAAUAGGCUUAGUUUUAAGGCUUCACACGGAGGCGGAGCGCGCAUAGCGCGAAGCCGACUGUGGCUCGCUUCGAAAAAACUGAGCCACAGUGAACAAUUCGUCAAAUAAAUAAAAUACUUGACAUGGAGGGGGGCCAUUCUGAAAUGGGAGGGGGCCAUUCUGAAAUGGAGGGGGCCAUUCUGAAAUGAGAGGGGGUCAUUCUGAAAUGGGAGGGGGGGCUUGUUCGAAUGAGCUCUGGGGGACUAUUUCAAAGCCGUGCGGGGGGCAAAUAUGAAAGAUUGCCUAGGCAUUUCAGAAUCGCCCCCCGUUUUGUACUGUGGGGGGCCAUUCUAGAAUACAUAUUCACCCCCCGCGUUCGAUUCUUCCCCCCACAUGAAGUCCUCCUAUUUUACCCCCCACAGAUCGGAACUUGGCUUGGUGGGGGGCUUGUUGGAACGCGGGGGGCAAAAACAGUGUGGGGGGCGAUUCUGGAAUUUUCCCCAAGUUGUUAGUAUAGUUUCUUUCUUAGUAAGGUAUCGUAAAAUGAGAGAAGUGUACAAAACAGUGGUCAUAAACUACACAAGGACCAUAAUCGAGACAGAUGCAUGGAGUAUAUAAUUGCUCCCACCGGAAAAGGGACACUUAUUACAGUGCCUUUGCAGGAAAUCUCGCCUAUUCGGUCGGACUCAGUGGUGUCAGGCCAAGAUAUACCACCGGUCCCUUCUCUUCGGCUCACUUCCACCUGGAACCCCCAAAUCACAUCCACCACGACAUCACUCUGUGUAAAUCAAUCUUCCAAGUUCAACCGAGAAAACAAUUUCUUUUCAGCAGUUCCAAGGCUCCGCGCCGCUGUUGCCGAAAACGAACCCUCAUCACGGCCCAAAAUUCAUAGCCUCAACUCCACGGACCCCGCGAACUUCCUUGCACAGACGGCUGGAAGGCAAACAAUUUCGGUCCAUGUACGACUUGAGUGAUCAGAAAAGUAAUUUGGAAGGAAGUUCGAGUGCGACGGUUAGAUACUUCCAAUUUCAACUGGAUGAAAGAUGUUUUGUUAUCAGGACUUGGAAUGGGAAAACUGCCCGUGGACGAUGAAAGAACCAGCUCCCCCCAAACCCGCCUAUUAUCGACCUGAGCACUUUGGUUUGCCAGCUCCUGUAGCUCGGAAUAUGGGAAUCAAUGGUAUUUCAAAUAGAGUUUCGAUGCGCAUGGUCACUUUCAGGCAUUGUUUUCUUGACGAUGUCGCUUCGGGGCCGCAGUUUGAAGGUUCACGUCCAACGAGGGGUUUACUUCCGAGAUGCCAGUCAAAUUCAAGUCUGCUCAUAUCUUCGAGUAAGUUAAUGAACCAAGUUCCUCCUUGAAGAAAAUGUGAAAUUUUUUUUGUUCCUAAAAUAAUUAGGCAGUUUGAAAAACGGUAAAUUUUAACUGGAAAAUUAAAAAAGGUUUUGUUUCUCGACUUUCAGGAAAAUUCUUGGCCGAGAAGCUAAAGAAAGAAUUCCAACUUUUGUCUUGACCUCAUUGAAAAAAACUUUUCUCAGUCUUGGUUGGCUCACCAGACUUCAUUCGGAUGGAUUUUGCAGGCCGAGUUACGUCAUCGACCUGUGCAAGCCCGCAAUCCGAAGCGAAGGUGCGCCUCGAGUCUUGCCAGACACCUUCGCUACGAGGAAACCUACCGUACUCGCCUCAUCCCAACUACCAAUCGACCAGUCUUCCAAGAAACUUUCCAAUUGUUAGUUGCACUUUAUUCGCACUAGCCAAUUAGAUAUCGCGUCUCUAACUAUUGUGAUUCAAUUUGCUCACGCAGCAGUUCCUCCUUUUCAAACUUCCCGUUUGAGUGUCACUUAAUCAUACGGUAAUUUAUCAAACCCAUUGUUAGCUCUGAGUCAAGGCUUAAGAUUAGUUGAAAAGAAAGAGAUUUCCCAGUCUGAGCUUAAGACCAGCCCAUAUUCACUCGCUCAAUCUCCUGCCUGCUGGAAAGUCUUUUAUCUCCCCGACAAAAUUAGACAAAGGACUAUUGAGCCUUUAAAACAAUUUUUAUCAUUUUUCGUUCCGAAAAAACUCCGACUUAGUUUCCGAAUGUCGCGUGGGACUUUUCAAACUCGAAAACAGAGAAAUGUUAGCCGAACCGACAUGUACAGUCUUAUCGGCUCAUUGAUCAUUUCCCGUUGCGGCGGCCCAUUGAGUAAUGGUUUUUCGGAGGCUUGGCCUGGCGCGAAAAACACACAAAUUCCAAUGUUGCCAUAAAGUUCAAACUUUCGCCGCAGUUUAUUUGAAUUUUUUGCUUCUAUUUGAAAAAUCCUACCAUUUUCUGCGUUAUGUUUGCUUUCAAGGCAAAUAUACUGGUUUUACCGUAUCCUCUCAACCUUUUUAACAUGCCAGGAGUACUGUAGCUGGGAAUAUUUUCUCAACGUUGCUUUUUUCAGCACUGUUCCGGAGGACACUUCGCGAGACUUUCUUAUGCUCAGCGUCUACGCGAUGAAUGCGGACGAUACACAGUGAGUUUUCAAUGAAAAUGAUCCUUUAAUGAAUCAAAAAAAAACAUAAUUGUUUAUUCAAUCUUGAGUUUUCUGCACAGUUGGAACGCAUGACACACACGGCCAUUUUAAGCUUGAUGUCAGUAGGAAAAUCUAUUUAUAGCUUAUCAAAAAGUGAAAAUGAACUGCAAACAAAAACUGCGACCGUAAAAGCGUGCAAGAUGUCCGUUUUUGGGUUUCUCAUUAUUAGACGCCCGGUUUCGUUUAUUCAUCCUAAUUGAAUUGGCAUUAGCAGUGGACGAUAACCAGAAAUGAGUUGCAGAACGAAGAAGAUGAUGGGCUGCAUGGCGUUCCCACUCCGUCGGCUGCUCAAAAAAGCCCGCGAAACGGUUGGUUUUCAAUUUUUUGAAACAGGCUUUGAUUUUUUGAGUUCGAUAUUUCUCAAAUCCGAAAAAACCGUUUUUAAAUGGGCCGUAAACUUGAAUUUCGUAAUUUAUUUUGUAUCGGGAAUCGAACUCAAGGCAAACUUCUCAUUUUCUCAUCGCAAUAAACUCACGAGAGUGUUUUUGCAGAAUGGCGAGUACUUUUACUACCACGGCGAGACGGAAAUUGGCGAGGAAGUCGAAAUCAACAAUGGCGGGUUUUUCCUGUUGAGUCCGAAGUACGGCGAGAAGCGUAAUUUGCCACAGAGCAAGGUUGCAGAAAACCUUGAACCUACAGACUUGCAAUCUCAAGUUUCAGAUCAAAAUCCAGACUUUUUACAAUGACCCUGCUCUGUCGGGAUCAUCGCAAGUUCUCUCGUACGGAUCUUCUUCCAAGGUUAGUACCGACUGAAAAAUUAUGAAAAGUUUUUCAAAGGAGUGGUCUAUAAGAACAGGGCAUUAUCUUUUUUUCACCAAAGUGUUCAAAGCAAUCCAGGGACUUAAUAAUUAUUAUCACCGGGUCGUUUCUAUCGAUUGUGUUGUCGAUAGGCUUUUAUCGAAAUUCACAGCUUCGAACAGUCAAUUUUAAUGCCAUUUUUUCAAGCGUUUCUUUUGAUUUGUAGCUUUCCAAUUUAUAAUGUAAACUUAACUUUUUGGUUCAUCCAGGCGCUGUAACGUAUUUUUCUGUGCUUUCAAAAAUCUAUAGAGAACUUGAAUUCACGUAGUCGGAAGUAUUAAAAGUUUGGGAUUUCCCUCAAUAAGAAAAAUAUUUUGAAGCGAAAAGUUUUUUUUGUCAAAAAUGAUCUCUCUUCAGAAAAAAAAACCUCAAUUUUUUUUCUUUCGCUUCAAUUUCACCGCAAAAUGCUACUGAUUUGCUUUUGGUCCUCAAAAAUAAGACGUAAAUCAAAAGAAAAGGGACGAGAUCACAGUUGGUACAGAAACUGCAGAGAAAGCGGCAGAUCGGAUGUCAGCUCAUCACGGAUUUGUCCGUGCCCAUCACUUCCCCACACGAAACCGCCGUUUUUCUUUCUGCCGCACACCAAUAGUUUCGCAUUUCGCCGCCCGCUUAUGUAAUUAUCUGAUAUUACUUUUCUAGCGUAACUUGAAAAUUCCAUCUUCUUUUUUUCCGCCUUCUGCAACUACGGGGAAAGCUCAUUGCAACCGAAUUGAAUUCGGCGUAUCGAAUCAUACCUCUCGAAGACUUAAUGUUCACGUUUUCUAGUUUUUCCUCGUCCAAUUACACUUAUCUAAAUCAAUUCUUACGGUAGGAAAAAGCUAAAUUGUUCUUUUUAGUUCCUCAUAAAAGUUCAGAUUUAUUCCUUCAACUUGAUUGAUAAAGGAGAUUUUUUUCCCAAGCAAUAUUUUUAAAAAAAAGAAUUAUGAGUCAUUUCAGGACUUUAUCGUAGAUCCUUGAAAGGGUAAUUUUUGAAUCAUCACUCAAUUGAAUCAUAAAUCACGAUAUAAAAAAUUAAAUUAUUUGCUCUUGUCCCAUUUUGAAAAUUUUUGAAAAUUAAAAAAAGUCGAUAAAUUGAUUUUAGAAUUAUGCCGAAAUAUACAUUAAUGAACUUUUUCAGAUUCUGAUAUAUCACACGGAAAGUUUUUUAAAAAGCUCACCUCCAAAAAAAAUAUACCAUAAUGAUUUAAAAAAAGUAGCGAAAAGAUCAGAAUUGUUUAAAAGUUUUUUGGUGAUUCAUUCAAAGUUUUCUCCCAUUAUGAAUACAUUUAAUUUUUUCGAGUCAAAAAAUGUUGCGAUGCCAAUUUUUGACACUAUUCAAACCAAUCAACAGUGUUGCCACUUGACUUGCGCAACGUUUUUUUCGCCGGCCAAAGCUUCUUUUUUUGAAAACCUCGUGUGUUUUAUUCUUGUACUGUUUGUGUUCGCUCUGCGUCUUCAUCGUCAAAUUAGAGACCACCGAGAAGCGUUUCUAUUGACGCUAGGGGUGAAAGUAAAACUUGAACAAGGACCUCUACUUGACACACACACACACACAAAAGUUCCCCAACUCUUGUAUUUUGCGAACGUUUCGGUGCUCGUCGCACAGAUAAACACUGGUUCUCGCUCCUUUUCCGUCAUUGACAUUCUCUUUUUUUAGCUCCUAAUCAAAAAAAUUGAUAUGAUUUGAUAGUUCAAUUAACCCUAUGAUUCGAUUCAUGAUAAAGAAAAAAAGUUCUCGAGUCAAUUUCGAUUUUGGGGGAAAUCAUUUUUUUGUCGCUCGAUUUUUUUCAAAACUUGCUCAUUUUCGCGGUUUUUUUGAACUGAAUAGUUUUUGAAGUUCUCAAAAAAAUGAUUAUUUUUCAUAUAAAAAAAAUAUUCAGAAAAUUUCAAAAAAAUCGUAAAUGCCAUAAAUAGUCACAGUACCGUCAGAAAAGAAACUAAAGACGGUACUCCUUCAAAAACAAUUUUUCUUUAAGUCAAUAUGUUCUCCAGGAAUUCCUCAAACAUGUACCAAAUUACAGAUGAACUCGGAAAGUUCAAGCCGACAUUCGAUUUCGGGACCUCUGGAGUUGAACGGGAUGGGCGGAUGCGACAGCUACUACUCGUCGACUGGAGACAUCCGUCUGCACAACAAUCCCCAUCAUCUGGACUACACGAGUGCCUCCAGCAGUACCAACGCCUCGAGCGACUUCCGCAAGAGACCUCAGCACCUCUACCACCGUGCCACGUUGCCGAGCAUCACCACCACUACCAGUGAGUUCUCAUUUUAUUUCCAUCAUAUUCCCAGAUUUCAAUCGGGGAACUCUGUGAAUGUUUGCCGCUCUCACUGAAAAAUUAUUGGGAAACUUCGGAAUACGGUAUAAAAAAGAGUCUGACUUGAGAAUAUUAAUUUCUACGACUCAACAUGUGAUAUUGCAUGCUGCAUUUUCGGCUUUGUUUUCCCUGAUGAAACAUGUGGACUCACAAAUUUAUUUUUUGAAUGAGUCUCUCCAACUCUGAUUCAUCGGUCGAAGUCCCUUGAUUAUUGUUCCGAAAAUACUCCUAAUUUUCGAGUCAAACGAUUGUUCAUCCCGUGUUGGUUGAGUGCAAGCACUACGUUUUUUUGUUUUCUUUCAUUGCGCAUCAUUUGUUGACAGUCAACUGGCAAAAGCGUCAGUACAAGUCGUCCAGGAGUUUCGGAGUCAUUUAACGCUACCACUUUUUACUUCAUUUUUUUCUGCUGUUUUUUUAAUUUCAUGGAAACUUCGCAUUAGAAACCCAAUUUGAAAAAAAGAUCCUGACCCCUGGUUUUUUCUUCUCACCUGUAUAAGCUUGUGCUUAAAAGAUAUUAUUUUCAAAAUCCCUUUUUUGACCACCGUGAUUUUCUUAUGUCGGUGAGAAAAUUCGAGAAAACCUCUAACUUAGAAACUACAACUUCCUGAAGUUGCCCCUACUAGAUUUUUUAAGACUCACAGAAAACCUUUGAGCCAAAAGAGAGGUCAUUCCAAAAUCCAAACUUAAUCAUCCUCUCGAACAAUUUUUUGUAAUAUCCAUCUCCAAAGAAAGAGAUUUACUUGACCACUAUCUUUUCAUACUCAAAACACAUCACAUCACGAGAACGACCAUGAAAAACGAAUCGAUGGUGUUUUUUUUGUUUUGUAUAGGCUCCGCCCGCCGUUUCUAAACCGCGUUCAUUAUCGUAUUAUUGCUUAUCACCCGCCACCAAACCGAAUGCUAAAACAACCACACGCACGCCAUGCGAAAGACUUUGGCCCACGGCGUGUUCUUUGUGCGAAACACUGAGAAACUUGUCCUAUUUUUCGAAAAGGCCAUUCCCUUUCUUGACUUUCAAAGCUUUUUCUUUAUCGAAUUAAACAACGAUUCGAACCAUUAGAAAAAUCGAAAACAUUAGUUUUUCCUAUUUCCUUCCUCGAGCCAUAUAAAACUAACAUGGCAUCAUGCCCAGAAUCAUUUCCGGUUUUUUUGCUGUUGUUCAACCUCUCCUUGGAUUACCGGCCGCUGCAGUUGCAAGUCAAACACUCCUGACUAAUUUGUACCUUUUCCCAGACUUUUCCUCAGUUCAUCACCUGCGUGCGAGUAAAUUCACUUCCAGGAAGCCGUUCAAAACCCAAGCUUUUUGUUUUUUUUCCUAACUUUUGAACUUUCUCAGAAAUCUUUUUCUGCUCAUGUUUUUAAUUAUGUCCAGAAGUUCAGACUCCUAAACUCGACUUGGAUCUUGAGACUCUUUUUCUGUUGAAAAAAGCACAACUUUUAGAGUGAAAGGAACAUUUUUUCCUCUUUUUUUUUCCAUUCGAUCAGGCAUGAGAACAUGAAGAAAUCAUCUUUUUUUUUUCUUCCAUAAAUAGCCAUCAAAAGACCGGUUCAGGUUUUCUCAUUUUAUGGCGCGAGCAAAGAUAACAUAUGAUAUACUAGAGUUUAUUUGAGAGCAAUUUCCUAUCUGAAGUUAUCUACUAAUUGGAGCAUUGAAUUUAUCGAAACUUCUAUUUAUUUUGGUUUUACUUAAGAAAAGUUCGGACAUAAUCUUUGAGAUGGUUUUUCUUUCAGUCUUGCUUUAACCUACAAUAAAAUCACGAAAACAACUAAUUUUUUAUCUUAACAUUAUUGAAGUGCAAAAGUAUUCCUCAUAACUCUAUCCUCAUAAUUUCGAUCGCUACUUGUACGUACUUUCGUCCCAUCAAACUAUUUUGUCAGAAAUGGCUCCGAAUACUCCAACUCCGCCACCGGAGGAAGAAAAAACGCCAGAAAAACCAAAAAAGACUGAAAAGCUUCACAAGCCGCGUGUAGUCGGGCGCAGACCUGGCAGCUGUGGUUCCGAACCACGCGGCAGGUCUUUGACCAGUCUUCUCGAGUCCGACGAAGCCGCUCAGGGUGGUCCCGGUGGAUUGGCAAAAGGUGGCUGCUGAUCAACACUUUGCUUGUUUUUCCUUUAGUAGUUUUGUGUGUGAUGCAGAAGAGGCAUGUUUGUCCGUUCAAGAGUUUUGAGCGUUUUUUCUAAUGUCUAGGCCAGUGUGCUUUUGGUUGAAUCAUAUUCCCAUCCUACAAAAAAUUUAUGAGAAAAUGAUUUUUUGUUUCAGGUGAGAAUACCUCCGAUGCCGACAACGCCAGUAGUAUGAGUCCGAUUCAAUUCAGACGGUUAGUUUCUCUUUUCCUUUUUUUAUAUGAUAAAAUUGAGUUUUAAUAACUAUUGCUUUACAGUCCUGAUCAGCAGUACUUGUGCCCGGAUGACGUUUCCGGCAUUCAUGGCGCCGCCUAUCAUGACAGUCCGAAGGUAAGAAAGAAAUGAAAUUUUCUUUAGAACUUCUUUUUUAUUUCCAGGGGUCUGGAGCUGCGGUCCGGAGAGCAGCUUCUUUUACGUUCUCUCCUAAGAACUCUGUGGCCAAGAACAACCAAAGACCAGCUCAAGUGAUGACUGGAGAGGAGAAGGGCAAAAGGAGAUUCCUGUAA